AUGGAGGAGACACAGGAGCCUCCGGCCAUGACUGUCCAUCUCCUUGCUGAUGCUGGCCACGGCUGGCUUCUUCAGCAGGCUCUGGACCAGCUCCUGGAUCACAUCUGCCCAGAGGUGCGUCUCUUCCAGGUGUCGGAGCGGGUCCGACCGGUGAAGUACUAUGGAAAGAGCCAUCCCCGGCGCUGUGAGUUCCCAGGGAUGUCCGUGUGGCUCUUCCUGGACGAACGCCUGGGCCAGGAGCGGCUGUGCCACGUCCUGGACUCCCUGCAGUGCGCGCCCUGGCGGUGUCUCCCAGCCCAGGGCCGGCCCUGCCCUUACCUCCCUGCCAAGCAGGAGAUCUACAGCCUGGACAGCCAGAUGCCCACGUGGAGCGUGAGGCAGUGCCGGGACGGCCCCGAGAUCCUCAGGAUCACCCUGCACUGCGGGUUUGAUAACUACGAGGACGCCAUCCGGCUCUACGGGAUGAUCUUGCAGCGCGAGGCCACCGUGCAGAAGAGCAGCGUCUGCUUCUUUGUGCUCUAUACCACCCCCAGCUUCGCUCUGCAGCUCUCCCUGAAGCAACUGCCCCCCGGAACCUCGGUGGACCCCCAAGAGUCAUCGGUGCUGCAGUUCAGGGUUCAAGAGAUCGGCCAGCUGGUGCCUCUGCUGCCCAACCCCUGUGUGCCCAUCAGCCGCACCCGCUGGCGCACCCAGGACUACGAUGGCCACACGAUUCUGCUGCAGGUCCAGCUGAGUCCAGGCCCUGGUGUUGAGAAUGGUGAACUUUCCUUUCUUGGCGCCCUGGGAUCCAGGCUGGCCUCUGGGUGUGCACAGAGACCCAUGGAAUGGAGGACCCAGAGGAGCCGGAGCAGGAGAUUCAAGGUGCGCUCUCUGGAGUUUCCAGAGCCCAGGGGCACUGCAGACAGCUCGGAUGGCCCUUCGUGGAGGAGCCCGGGCCUGGCCUCCCAGGUGAGCAGCUCAGCCACGAGCAGCUGGCCGCACCUGCCUCCACACGUCCUCAAACCUGCAUGGGGAAUGAAUGAAGAUGGCUUCCAGAAGCUCGAGGCAGAGACAGAUGUAGACACGGGAUUCACCAUCAUCAAUCCGGAGCCUGUAGUGAACAGCUUGUCAAAGGACUUGGAAACCAGGCUGCCUCCAUCUUGUCCAGAGGAGGCCACCUCCCUGCGUAAAGCAGCCCCGGAUGUAAGAGUCUGCCCUUUGUCCCUUGCUGGCCCCAAGGAGCUUGGAGCAAGGAAGAUCAUCUCCACGUGUUCCCAUCGUCUGCCAAUCCAGGGUGAAGAAAAAGAAGAAGAAGAAUUCUUUAUAUAG